AUGGAUCCUAGAUCUCAUCCAUCACGGCCCCCAUCCACCAGUCUCCCCCAGGGUUCCACGCCUCUCUCCUCGACACCUAUCUCGAGUAUGCCAAUGCCGCCUCAGUACAGCAUGCAGCCUCAGUACCCGGUGUCCCAGCCGCAUACCCUCCCCCCGCUGCAGCCUCAUCACAGCCAGUCUCCUGCCCCUCAUUCCUACAUGGGCCAGCCGCCGUACAGGCCGGAUCUGUCGAGGUAUCCCACCACCACUCACGAUGUUUACGCGUCUUCCACCGCUCCCAUAAUGCCUCAUACCAGCGUGGGCAGCUUGCCUCCAUCGUCGUUCCUCUCCCACCCCAACCCGCAGGCGCAGCCUCAGCCGUCGCAAGCCUACCCUCCGCCUCACAGCGUGUUGCCUCCCGCGUCCAGCGCCCAGACUUACCCGCAGCCGAUUGCUCCGGCGCCCCCGCGGGACCGCCGUCCUGACUACUCCGGACUCCCUUCGGGCGCGUUCAGCUACAACGAUGGCAAGGGAUCUCCUUGGAUGAACCCUGACCCGGUCGCGGGCGCAAACGGUGGCAGCCCGUAUGGUGCAAAGGAGCCUCCUCGCACCCAGGUGGUGGGAUCCCAGGGCCGUCGCGGUAUCCUCCCGAGUGUUCCGGGACGCGCCGCCCCCGUCGCGAAUGGUGUCAACGGCAGCGCCAAGAACACCACGAUUCCGGCCAAGGAUGCUGACGGCAAAUUCCCUUGCCCGCAUUGCAACAAAACGUAUCUUCACGCCAAACAUCUGAAGCGUCAUUUGCUCAGACACACCGGUGAUCGCCCGUACAUGUGUGUUCUUUGCAAAGACACUUUCUCUCGAAGUGAUAUCUUGAAGCGCCAUUUCCAGAAGUGCUCGUUACGCCGAGGCAACCCCACCGGUGCGACUCACUUGUCUCAUCCCCAGGCGCAUUUGAAAAGAUCCCAAGCUGCGGCCGCCAAGCCGGUUCAGGAUGAAGUCACCAGUGCCGUUCCCCCUCCCAAUGGGAUGCCCGGGGCGACUUUCGGCGACGGAGCCGUGAACGGCAACGGUCUGGCUCACGGCCGACCUGGGUAUGCGGACCAGCAGCCUCUGGGCUUUUCGAUGUCGUCUGUCAACGGGAUGAGCCGUGGGCAGCCCGAGGACGCUUUUCCCCCGGGCCAGCCUCCUCAGCGGGGCCCCUGGCUGGCAGCUCCUAAGCAGAACCCCUACCUCGUUCAGCCUGGCACCGAUGCGUCCGGCCAGCACCUGAACGUUGACCGUCCUUCACUUGAGCAGGUAAAACCCCCGGUCGUUCAAGAUCCCAAACGCCCAGUUAUGUCUGGGCCCACUCCCCAUCACACUGGCGAAAUUGACUGGACUUCGAUGUUUCAGCCCGGAGCUUCCGAUGGUUACAUAAACCCCGUUUUCCCUCAGUCCAUGGCAUCUGGCCAGGAGCCGAUCCACGCUCACGUCGACGCCGAGCGGAAGUACUACCCCACCACCACCGCUGGUCCCCAGGAGGGCGGAAUGAAUGGUCUUUAUCUGGCAUCGACCACUUUGGGCGGCGACGGUAAGUUGAUCUCGUGA